GGCGGUUUCCGCCUCCCGCCGGGCCUGGAGCCGCCCCGGGACCCCCAAAAUACCCCCGAGACCCCCCGGAACAUCCCCGGGACCCCCCGGAACCCCCUCGAGACCACCCGGAACACCGCCGGGACCCCUUUGACACCCCCCCCCCCCGAGACCCCCUUAGACCGCACUUAAAUCCCCCCGGCCCUCCCCGGCACUCCCUUCACCCCCUCUGAACCCCCCCGGACCCUUCUCGGGCCUCCGCGGCUCCUCCCCCGCCCCCCCCCCCAGCACCCCCCCUCCUCCCUUCAGCCCCGGGUCGGCGCGGGGGGCUCCCGGGGAUGCCCCCCCGCCAUGUGGUACAUCAUGCAGAGCAUCCAGAGCAAGUACUCGCUGUCCGAGCGCCUGAUCCGGACCAUCGCCGCCAUCCGCUCCUUCCCCCGCGACAACGUGGAGGAGCUCAUCGGCAGGGGUGCGGACGUGAACUGCCUGCACGGGACGCUGAAGCCGCUGCACUGCGCCUGCAUGGUGGCUGACGCCGACUGCGUGGAGCUGCUGCUGCAGAAGGGAGCCGAGGUGAACGCCCUGGACGGGUACAGCCGCACGGCCCUGCACUACGCGGCCGAGAAGGACGAGGCCUGCGUGGAGCUGCUGCUGGAGUUCGGCGCCGACCCCAACGCGGCCGACGGCAACCGCGACACGCCGCUGCACUGGGCGGCCUUCAAGAACCACGCCGAGUGCGCGCGGGCGCUGCUGGACGGCGGCGCCCUGGUCAACGCGCGCGACUACAACGCCGACACGCCGCUCAGCUGGGCCGCCAUGAAGGGCAACCUGGAGAGCGUGGCCGUGCUGCUGGACUUCGGCGCCGAGGCGCGCGUGCGCAACCUCAAGGGGCAGAGCCCGGCCUCGCGCCUCGUGGCGCUGCUGCUGCGCGGGCUGGGCUCCGAGCGCGAGGACUCGUGCCUGGAGCUGCUGCGCCGCGCCGCCGGCCACCUGGAGCCCUGGGAGGCGGCGCGGGACCGGGACCCGCGGCUCGGGGACAGGCUGGGGGCCCUGGGCGCCGCCCCCGGCAGCCUGCAGGGGCUGGCGCGCUGCGCCGUGCGCCGCAGCCUCGGAGUGCGCUUCCUGCCCGAGGCUGUGGAGCAGCUGCCCCUGCCCACCAGCCUCAAGGAGUACCUGCUGCUCCUCAGCUGAGGGACAGGAAUCCUGGAGCAGCUGCCCCUGCCCACCAGCCUGGAGGGGUUCCUGCUGCUGCUGAGCUGAGGGACACAAAUCCUGGAGCAGCUCAAGGAGUUCCUGCUGCUGCUGAGCUGAGGGACAGGAAUGCUGGAGCAGCUGCCCCUGCCCACCAGCCCACCAGUUCCUGCUGCUGCUCAGUUGAGUGCAAACCUUGGAGCAGCUGCCCAGAAGGAACUGCUGUCCCUCAGCUCAGUGAAAACUGUGGAGCAGCUGCCUUUGCUCACCUGCCACGAGAAGUCCCUGCUGCCCCUCAGCUCAGCGAGAACCACGGAACAACUGCCCAGGAGAGCGUUGCUGCCUCUCAGCCAAGCGAAAACCUUGGAGCAGCCUCCUCAAGGACUGUUUUCUGCUCUUCAGCCAAGCAAAAACCUUGGAGCAGCCUCCUCAAGGAGUAUUUUCUGCCCCUCAGCUGAGUGAAAACCUUGGAGCAGCCUCCUCAAGGAGUAUUUUCUGCCCCUCAGCUGAGUGAAAACCUUGGAGCAGCCUCCUCAAGGACUGUUUUGUGCUCCUGAGCCGAGUGACAAAAACUCUGGAGCAGCUGCCCAGGAGGAACUGCUGCUCCUCAGCUGAGAGACACUCUUGGAGCAGCUUCCUCGAGGAGAAGGUGCUGCUGCUCCGCUGAGUUCCCUCCUGGAACCAGCAGUGCCCCUCCCAUGGCAAAUUAUAUCCCGGCUCCUGCAUUA